GCCCCGCAGGGCCGGACUCUGCUGUGGGCCCCCGAGUCCCACGGCCUGCAGCUGCUGGGCGCGCUCAGAGCCUUCAGGGAGCAGAGCGUGAUGCUGGACUUCACCAUCAGGGUCCAGGAGCACUCCUUCCCCUGCCACCGCUGUGUCCUCGCAGCAUGCAGCGACUUCUUCAGGGCGAUGUUCGAGGUGGACAUGAAGGAGCGUGGCGAUGGUUCGGUGACUCUGGGUAACCAGUGUCCCGUGGCGGUGGCGUCUUUCCUGGACUUUGCCUAUUCUGGGGAGACGCUCAUCACCGACGGCAACGUGGACACGCUGUUCCAGCUGGCCUCUUUCCUGCAGGUGUCCGUCUUGUCCCGAGCCUGCAGCGACUUCCUGAUCGGAACCCUGGACGUCGGUAACUGUCUGUCCCUGUCCUCCCUGGCGGAGGCCUUCGGCUCGGCCUCGCUCCUCCAGAGCGCCAACCAGUUUAUGGUCCGGAACUUCUCCGACCUUUCCAAGACCCGGGACUUCCUGGAUAUGCAGGUGAGCGUGUUGGAGGCGUGUCUGAGCUCAGACGCUCUGAGCAUCCCCCACGAGGAGGUCGUGGUGAUGUCACUCCUCAGAUGGACGCGCCAUAAUCUCCCCGAAAGACAGAAACUGUUCCCGGGAUUAUUAUCUCUCACCAGACUCCACCACGUACCUGCACCUGUACUCAAGACUCUCCGUGACUCGGAGGUUCUCCUCCAGGACGGCAGGUCGUGCCUCGCUCUGCUCUCAUUGGCUGUGAGCCGGCAGCAGCAGGACGGCGGCCUGCUCUGCGACGCCAGGCCGGCCACCACGCGGAGCUACAUCUACAUCAGCAAGACGGAGGAGGACGGAGAGACGCGCCACGCCUUCUGCUACUGCCUGGAGAGCGACCGGUGGAAGGAGUUGGGGACGGGGCCCGGAGAGGAGGGGGGGGGCCCGGCACCGCCGGACCCCCCGGGGUCCUGCCUGACUAGCUUUGCUGAGAAGCUGUUUGUGACAGGCGGUUGCCGGGGAAACUGUUGCCGGGCAUUACGUCUCCACGUGGCAGAGCCGGUCCACGAUGCCACGGACCAGGUCUGGUGCUUCUGCCCGGUGACCCGGACCUGCACGCGUGCCCCCGCCAUGCAGAACCCCAGAACCAUGCACACCGCCGUCACCUGCCUGGACCGGGUCUACGUCAUCGGGGGCCGGACCAAUGGGCCGAGAGAGGGGGGUCCAAGUCUGCUGGAGGUGGAGUAUUACAACCCUCUGAUCCAGACGUGGUUCUCCGUCAGCCCGCUGCCCACCGCCAUCUUCUACCCGGAGGCCGCGGCCUGUGGGGGCGUGGUCUACGCGCUGGGCUCCCGGGUGGAGGUGACGGACUCCUUCAACCCCACGCUGGACUGCUUCUUCCGGUACGACGCGCAGCGCGACCAGUGGAGCCGCCUGGUGGCGGAGUUCGGCCACUUCUUCCACGCCACGCUGGUCAAGUCGGUGUCGGUCAACAACACGCUGCACCUGUGUGACCUCUCGACCUACAAGGUGUACAGUUUCUGCCCGGAGACCUGCGUGUGGAGGGGGGAGGGGUCCUUCGAGUGCGCCGGGUUCAACGCCGGAGCCGUCGGCCUGAGAGACAGGAUCUACAUCCUGGGGGGGGACUACUCACCUGAUGAGAUCACCGACGAGGUCCAGGUGUACCACAGCGAGACGAGCCAGUGGGAGGAAGUGACCCCGAUGCCCAGGGCGCUCACCGAGUUCCACUGCCAGCUCAUCAGCUUCAACCGAUACAGAGACCCGUGGGGCGAGGCCGAGCCGACCGCGGCACACACACACACACACACACCCAUGAAGUCAUGUGACUGGAAACACACGCGUUGAGUUUCAUUUCGAGGCU